AUGGCCAUCAAGAACGUCUACAACGCGAUCGACUCUGCGUUGCGGGACAGAACCCGACCGUGGAUGGCGCCAUUCGUAUGGCUCGAGGAUCGGACCGGAAUCGGCCACAUGACACUGUUAGUGGGCAGCAUGUUGGCCACUUUGGCGUUCGUCAUCGCGUCCGGCCGGAUGGUCAUGCUGAUCAGCAACCUGCUGGGGUUCGUGUAUCCCAUGUACGCGACCAUCGAUCUGAUGGUGCAGGAAGACGUCCAGCCUGAGACUCCGUCGCCGCCGGUACCCACCGAACGGACCGGACGCAACGCGCCUGUUACGCCGGCCACCCGGUGGCUCACGUACUGGAUAACGUUUGCGGCCGUGCUCAUCGUGCAGCAGCUGUGCGGCGACUUGCUGCUGAUCAUACCGUUUUACUUCCUCGCCAAGAUCGUGUUCUUCGCGUGGUGCGCGUUGCCGAUGGAAGCCAACGGCGCCGUGUUCAUCCACAGAUUCGUCGUCCGUGAUCAUUUAAAGCGAUUUUUUGUCUGA